CAAGUAUCAGUUGACUGCACACCUGCUCCGUACUCAUGGCCGUGGUUAUCCAGUGCGAUGUUACCUUUAAAUAAUAUUUGUCAUUAGAAGAACGUCGUCCAGUAUUGUCGCUGCUUGGUUCUAAGUUACAACUUCGAAAGUGCUUCUGAAACUAAAGAAAGAUUAAUGAUGACUUGUAAUCAAGUCCAACUGGGUUUGCAAUGGAGAGCGUGAAGAAGUGGCUGUCGGAGAGAGCCAACAAGAAAAACGGUAUCUACGUGCACUACAGCCCGCCCAAACUACUUGGCGUAGUAACUGCCGCUCAGCUGCGGCAGUGGGCUAGAGGAGGGGCCGCCAACAGACUGGAGCGAGCAGUGCUAGCGGGGCAGGGGCACCGACUGCUGUCAGAAGCAGAGUCCCUGCCCCUGUCACACCACCUGCCCACCCUGGUGGCCAAGUGCGACGCCCUCCACGCUGCGGUUGAGAGGGGCUCGCUCGCGGAACUACAGGUAUUACUGGAGCUCCUGGACUCUGAAUACAACCGUCGAAAGUACCUGAUGUGCCGCGAUGAAGCCGGAGUCGGGCUGCUACACAAGGCGAUAUUCUACGACUACCUGGACAUCGCCGAGUGGCUCGUCAGCCAGAAUCCCAUGCUCGUGCAUCAGAAGGAUUCUGCAGGCCGUACUCCUUUGCACUACGCAGCGGUGUGUAGGGACGAAGCACAUGCGGCGUCGCUGCUGGAGGGUGCGGGGGCGGCGCGGGGCGCGCGGGACGCGGCCGGCAGGACGCCGGCCCAUUACCGCGGCCCCGCGCGCACUCUGCUGGCGCUGCCCAUCUCGCCCGACAUGGCCAGGGAAACUAAGAACCCACCAGGUUUGGUGAUAAAACGCCACAACAUCCGAAUAUGGUGUCACGACUGCGACAUGGCGCGUCUUCAGCGCGUGGUGUGGGAGGGGCACGGCGCGCGGCUGCUCAGCGAGGUGUCUAGCCAGCCUGUGGUCAAGAAGUUCCUGGAAGCCGUGCCUUAUAUCAUGAAUACAGUCCGAGAAAUCCACAGCUCCGUGAUACAGAAUGACCUUGAAGGCCUCAUGAAGCACGCGGGAGACCCGGUGCCUCCGCAAGCGCUGUCCAGCAGGGACGCCCAUAAUAUGACAGUCAUGCAUAAGGCUGCUGGUCUCGGCCACGGGGGUAUACUCCGGUACAUCGCCGACAGAUACCCACAAGGCAUCAACGACAUCGAUAACGACGGUCGCACUCCGCUCCACUACGCAGCCACUGUCAGAGACGAGCAGCACACGUACAACAUGCUCGUCAGCAUGGGAGCUGAUGAGGCCGCCACAGAUAACAAAAAUAAGACUCCAGGGUAUUAUAUAAAUAGACCCCAGGAAAUAGAUAAAUCUAACCUAAAAGCGAUACCCGAUGCACCUAGAACUCCUUCAAGUGCUUAUCCAUCAUCGUGGGACUGGAAACUGCUAGAUACGGAGGUUAUACAAGAAUUGAAUAAGAAAUCCAGGAGGAAGAAUUUAAAAGCAUCAAAUGAAAAUAUAUCAUCCAAGAAUAAUACACAAACCGUAUCAGAUAGCACUGAUACUCAUACUACUAAAGCUAUGAAAGCUAGUAGCACUCGAGAAUUCAUAAAAGAUUUACCGGACUUAGAUAAACAAGUAGAUCAUACAAAGGAUGAGGAAGUACAGGAAAAUACUGAUGGAAAUACUGAUGAAACUGAAAAAGAAGAAAAUCAACAUGAUGAAGAGGAUCCUGUUGAUGACCACGAAGAAGAUCAACAUGAUGAAGAGGAUCCUGUUGAUGACCACGAAGAAGAUCAACAUGAUGAAGAGGAUCCUGUUGAUGACCACGAAGAAAAUCAACAUGAUGAAAAGAAUCCUGUUGAUGACCACGAAGCCCAUGAAUAUAAACAACAUUCCGAAGAUGACAAAGACGAAGAAAAACAUUUUUCCGAUAGUGAAAAAGUGGAGGAAAAACGUGAUUCUAAUUAUGAAGAUAAGCAUGUUUCUGAAGAUGGCCACAAUGAACAGAAUGAUAAUGUUGAACAUGAUGUAUCUGAAAAUAACGUAGAGAAGUCUAUUGUUUCAGAUGAAAAUGCAAAUGAAAGUGAAAAUGAGUUGGUUAACAAUGAAAAUGAAAACGAUCAUGCAGAUCAAGAUUUUGAUGAAAACGAUGACAACAAAACAGAACACAAAAAUAUGUAUGAAGAAGAUAUUUCACGUACUGAAGAACAUAGUAAUGAUGACAAAAAUGAUGAGAAAGAAAAUAGUCACACUAAUCAAAACGAUGAAAAUGAGGAAACAGCAGAUGGGAAAGAUCACGAGGAAGAAAAUGCAACAGAAGAAGAUUCUGAUGUCACAGGAAAUGAAGGAAACGACACCAACGGCCGAAAUAUGCAAGAAAGUCUAAUAUCAGGCAUUAUUAGUGGUGAAGCUGAGCAGGACUCGCAAGAUGCAAGUAUAGCACAAAGAGAAGAUUCUGUUCAUGGCGACGUUCUUGUUGUUGAUCAUGAAAUAGAUCCUGAAAUCACAGAAUUAAUAAACAGUGCGAAUAUGGAAAUGUUAGCCACUUUGGUAUUAAAUGGUGAGGGCUCAAGACUGGUAGGCAGAAGAUCAAGAAACUCAGAGUUACAAGCAUUCUUGGACAAUGUUCCUACGUAUAUGCAAAAAAUCAACAGAGUUCACUUGGCGGCUAGAGAAGGAAAUAUUAGAGAUCUACAAGCAGCUUUAGACAGAAGAAAGUUUGCAAUAGCACGAGACCCCAUAUCGCCAAAUGGUGCUACUCCUCUACACGUGGCCACUGUAUUCGGGAAAACAAAUAUAAUGAAAUAUUUAGGAGGAAGAUUCCCGGAAACACUAUCUGCAGUGGAUUUUGAAGGAAGAACUUCCUUGCAUUAUGCCGCCGUUCUCCCAGAUAAUGGACAUUAUUACAAUUUAUUGCAGCAACUUGGUGCCAAUUCAAAAGAUCUAGAUGACAAUGGACGAACGGCAGAGGAUUAUUUGAAAAAUCCUGACUUGCUCCCGUUUAGUCAAUUAAUGACUGAUUACGGCAUAACAGAAGAAUUUGCCCAAGAAAUGUUGUCAGAUAAAAUUCCUGAGGACCGUGUAUCGUCCCGCCGCGCUUUGGAUACUCCAGAAGCCCUGGACACCCUCGAGCGUUGUUACCGGCUUUUAGCGUCUGCAAGGCCGGUUCGAACUCCACUUUCAGCAUCGUCCAAUAGAGCCACGCCACCGCUAGUUCUAGGAAGAUUCCUUAAACGGUCGAUUUUUGAAAUAAUUAAACACAGAACAACGAAACUUGACCAUGAUCUUUUUGACGUAAUCUGGCCAGCUGUGAAAAAAUUACCAGACAAUAGAAAUAUUAUUCAAACUGUCGAAGAAGACUUUCCUGGAGGCAUAACUGCGCCAGAUUAUUAUGUUUAUGAAGUUUUCCAUGAAUUUUUACUUCCCUUAAUAAAAGAUUUACACAACAUCAACGUCAACUCGGAUUUACAAAUACAUCCUCAAUCUGACUUUGCCAAAAUACAAUCGACGACUUCAGCAUCAGAACCACUUGUAGAAUUAAAUAUAGAUACAAAUGAUGAGUUUGUACUUUCCGGUACUAUUGAGUGUUCCAGAAACUUGAACGGCUUUGAAUUACCAUUGAACUUAAAGGUAGGAAAAUUGGAAACCAUUGAAAGAAUUAUAACAACUAUAUUAUUGCAAGAUGAUUUUGCUAAGUUUAGUGAACAAUCUAAUCCAGAAUCUGAUCAAAAAGGUGGAACUUAUUAUACUUUAAAUGAGGUUUUAGAAAAACCUUCUGAAAUAUGCGCUGCCUUAGCUUCUAGUGGAUUAUUAAUAGCAUUAUGCGACAGGGAAGAAAUUGAUGACUGUACUCGCUUGCAUGGUCGACACUGGCCGUACGGGCGCGGUGUUUUUGUAACUGAUGAUAAAACUAUUGCAAUUUGGAUUAAUGUGCAUGACCACUUACGUGUACUCGUAUCAACACCUACGGAUUCCCCAGGAGAGAUAGGUCUUCCGUUUAGUAAAAUGUCUUUCAUUAUGUCGCAUCUGCAUCAAAGACUUGAUUUUGUCUGGGAUCCAAAACUUGGGCACUUGAGCAGCAGGCCAACAUUUUUGGGUGCAGGAAUAAGAUUCAGCCUCAUUAUCAACUUUCCUGGCCUGUCCAAAGAUUCGGAUAAUAUGAAGCAUUUAUGUGCAAUGAGAGGACUGCAGUAUCGAGAAACUUUAAGUGCAGAUAUAGUUAGAAUAAGUAACUACCAAUGUCUGAGCACUACAGAGACAAAUUGUUUCAAUGAUUUCUCGACUGCUUCUUCAAACUUACUGCAUUUAGAGAAAGAUUUAUCAUUGCAAAAUUCAGCGCACAUUGCAACAAUGCUAACAAAUAUUUUUAGACGAAAACGGAGCAGCUUAGCUGAUUUGGAAAGUCCGGAAAAACAUCCUAAAUUCUAA